UUCAGUUAUAGAUUAACUGUCGCUCUGAAAUGUCGCUUUUAAAUUUUUCGAUUCUUUGUCUAAUGUGCUUUGUUGUCACUGAUGCAAAACCUUCAUGUUCGAUACCAAAAGGCCAGUUCAUGAGCUUAAAAUGCGAGGAAUUGAGUAGCUUCACGGAGAUAAGCAGUGUCCUUCAUUUACCCACAAGGAACCUUCAGCAGCUAACUAUCCAAAGCAGGGAUACAAAGCUAACCAUUGGAGCAGCCAACAGUUCUGUGAACAUGCCGCAUUUGUUCCUUCUCGAUCUGUCCCACUCGACAGGUCUGGAACUUCUCAGUGAAGGCUUCUCCAAAUACCCCAAUCUGACUGAUAUCGACAUCACUGGGUGUGGCUUAGAACAACUGCUAGACUCGCACUUUGCCAUCGAUUCCAUGGUGCACUUGCUGAAGGCAGGUCAAAACAAGCUUAGUUCUCUGUCGAAGGAUUUGUUUAACAAACUUCCCCGAUUGCAAAACGCCUAUUUCUACAAAAAUGGUUUGAGUCAUCUGGAAUUGCCGCAUAUGCCAAAUCUUAGAUACUUGGAUCUUCGAGAUAAUAAGUUAACUGAUUUCAAUCUUAACAAUUGUCCACGUUUGGAGCAUCUCGACCUCAAUCAUAAUCAACUCACUGAGUUUCAGAUUACACCACCUGCAGAAGGUUUUAACUCACCGACUAAGGAGCAAUUUCCAUUGCGAUUAUUGGAUCUCUCAAGCAACUACAUAAGCGUGCUUCGCGAAAACCAUUUCGAAUUGCUUGGGAAUCUUCAAAUACUGAUUUUAUCUGGCAAUAGAAUCACCACUCUGAAGAGUGCUCACUUAUCAGGUCUGACAUCCUUACGCUAUUUGCUUUUGGCGUCAAACUACAAAAUUGAGCUACAAGAACACACAUUUGAAGGCCUCGAGCAACUGGUGACGCUUGACUUGUCCUAUAUUGGUCUCGAAAAUCUGGAUCCGCAUCUCUUCGGCUACAAGCAGGUGGACAAACAAGGACUUUAUGAGUACUUGCCAAUGGUUCACAUGAGUAGGCUUUCUCUAACGGGCAAUAAGCUCCAACAUCUGGACCCUAGAACCUUUGAGAAAUUGCCUUUUUUGACUACUCUCUUGCUCGACCAUAAUGCAUUUCGUGUGCUUCCCGCGGGCCUGUUUGCCCCAAUCCGAAGUUUGAGGAUACUUUCUGUGCGUUACAAUCAAUUGACGAAGAUAAGUAGAGAUCUUCUGGAGGCUCUAAGCAACAUUACGACUCUAUUUAUUGACAACAAUCAGCUGUCUUCUCUACCCGACUUGAAUGGGACGCUGCCCAAUUUGGAGGUUCUGGCCAUCGGGAGAAAUCCCUGGCAAUGCGACCUCUUUGCCCAAACGGAACGUUGGCUGAUCUCAAGAAAAAUACCAUAUAUAACAGAUGAUAUUGGCAGCGAAAAGCCCAUCUGCAUUUGUACAAAAGACAUUCGCAAGCUGACAAUUUGGAACACGCAAACAAAUCUGAGCAUUGAAGCAGUCAACAGUUCUCUGAACCUAUCGAGUUUAUUGAUUCUCGAUCUGUCGCAUGUGGCACGCCUUGAACUUCUCGAUGGAGGCUUCUCCAAUUUCCCCCAACUAAUGGAGAUCAACAUAAGUGGCUGUGGCUUGGAUCAGCUGCUGAACUCGCACUUUGCCAACGAUUCGGUGCUCAAUGCGAUCGACGCACUUUAUAAUAAAUUCACUGCUCUGACAAAGGAUUUGUUUAACAAAUUCCCCCAUUUGGUUUUUGCUUAUUUCGCUCAUAAUGCUCUGUGUCAUCUGGAGUUGCCGCACAUGCAAGUUCUGAGAGAGCUUUAUCUUGGACAUAAUAAAUUAACCGAUUUUAACUUUAGUGAUUGUCCACGCUUGGAGAAAUUCUACCUCAACGACAAUCAACUAACACAGUUGCUGAAUUUAUCCGGCAAUAAAAUUGUCGUUUUGAAGAGUGCUCACUUUGCAGGACUUACUUCGUUACGCCAUUUGCAUUUGCAAUUAAACGAUAAAAUGGAGCUAAGAGGACACACCUUUGCAGCACUCAAGCAACUGGAGGCGCUCGACUUGUCCCACAUUGGUCUCGAUAUUCUCGGUCCACAUCUCUUCGGCUACAAACAGGUGGACACGGAAGAUGCCUCUGGCUACAUGCCAAUGGCGCACAUGCGUAUACUUAAUCUAAACGGUAACAAAAUCCAGCAUCUGCACACUAGAAGUUUUGCGAGGUUGCCCUUUUUAGAAGAGCUCUCGCUGGCCAACAAUGCACUGCGUUUACCUCCCAUAAGUCUGUUUGCUUCAAUGCAACGACUGCAGAAGCUCAAUUUGAGUCACAAUCAAUUGGCAGAGAUAAGCAGCGAUAUUCUGAAGACUCUGAACAACAUCACCGAUCUGCAUAUUGACUACAAUCAGCUUACAUUUCUACCUAAUCUGAAUGGGACGUUGCCCCAUUUGCAGAGUAUGACCAUAGAAGGCAAUCCCUGGCAAUGUGCUUGCCUGAUGGAAUUUAAGGAUUGGUUGAGGUCAAGCCAGGUGACAUCUCUACAGGAUGGAAGCGACGAAAAGCCAUUGUGUGUGGAGACAGCUUUGGAUUACUGUGAUCACAACGUGACGGAUGAUCGACGUAACGAUGCUAUGGAAGAGCUGAAGUUUUGGCAAGCAAUCGGAUGAGUUAUCCUUAUGACAAAAGUAUUCAAUUAAAUUGUUUUCUUCCAAGACAGAUUAUAUGUUUUGUUUGUAUUUAGUUAAACAUUUUAUGUGGUUGUUUAUCCCAAUGUGUGUGUUGUUGCUGUUGUUGCUGCGUCUCGCAAUUUUGUUUAAUUUACAAAUUAACAACUAAAACUCGAGUCGUAUUUUAAGCGCUCUUGACACGCAAAGCCAAAGCGCUCAAAUCGCCAAUGCACUUGUUGAGCGUCUCCUUCUCCUGCUGAGGCGAGAUGCUGGACAGCACGUUGGCCACAAUCCA